CAAGGCUCGAUAUUUUCUGAACGCAUCGGUAAUCUCACCAGAGAACGAUGUUCCUCCUGAAGUGUUGCCAUAUUCUAUCAGCAAAAAUUUUCAAAAAGCUGAUCUUGAGAAAUGGUUCGGAGACUGGAAAGAGUUGUCACUUGUCACCUGGACUCAGUUUAUAGUAUCAAAUCCUCAGUUAGAAACGAAUCCUGAAUUCGCAGAAAAAGUUCUGGGAAUCAUUGCUCGAAAUGUUGCAAGAUGUUCGAGUAAAGAUCAGGAAUUGAUCAAAGAGCUACUCUCCAAAAAGAAAUGUAUUCCAACUAAACAUGGGAUGAAGAUACCAGACGAAUCUUAUUUUCCAAGUGUAAAUCUCUUUCCUGAUUUACCUGUUGUUCAUUUUAAGAAUAAAAUUCCAGAAAAAUUAUUGCAAUUACUUGGGGUUAGAAAGCACGUUGAUCUGCAACUUGUUUUCGACCGCUUAGUUAGUCAGGGUAAUUGGGAUCACAUGCAACUUGUAAAAUAUCUAUCUUCAGUAUCAAGUAGCCUUAAAGAGAUCGAAAUGAAAAGGUUGAAGGUUACAGCGAUUUGGCCAAAAGAACAGGGUGCAGGGAUACAAGUAGCAAAGACCCAAAGCGGAGAAGUUAAACCGAGUACAACCAGAUUUAUGGCAAGCGAACUGUAUGUGCCGUCGCCAGAGAUGAGAACUUUUGGGUUACCCGUUAUUGAAUGGAAUGGAAAAUGGCGUAGAAACUCUGAAGAAGCCAAGUUCCUUCUUUCUUUGGGUCUCCAAGAAUAUCCACCACUCGCGACUAUUCUUCAGCUUGCUUCACCAAGUUCCGAGACUAACAUUAGGAAAGAGGCUCUAAAAUAUUUUAUUGACAAUUUCAAAGAGAAAUAUUCUUCGAAGUAUAAAGCUCAUGAGAUUAGGAUCCAGUUUCUGCCAUGCACAGAUCCCAACGUAUUUGAAACGCCCAUGGGAUGUUUUUCAAAUCCUGAUUGUACAAUUAUGAAGUUUCAUGCCUUGCAUCAAGAUCUUCGUUUUCGCGCUGAAGAGUUGGGCGUUCGUCAACAUCCAUCUCGUGAACAACUCAUAAGUAGAUUAGUUCAGAAUCCUCCGGAAAGUGAGGUUGUGGCUCGUGAAAUUUUCGGUUAUUUGGCAUCUCAACAAGCUAACUUUAACAGUUACGAUUGGAAUAAACUUGGAGGCCUUUAUUUCAUUCCGAUUCGAGAUAAAGCUCAUCCCAAUAAAAUUGUUUAUACCAAUCCACGCAGUUGCUUUUUCAAGAGCUCCGAAGAGAGUCUCCGAGAAUAUUUUUCGUACGUUGACUUUGGAGAGAAAGCAAAUAAGUUUUUACUUAGUUGUGGGGUAAAAACAGAGCCAUCGCCUAUGGAGUUUGCGGAAUUUCUCGUGAGGUCUUCGCGGGAGUUUUGGGAAAGCGUCGGUGAUAAUGUCGAUAAAUAUCUCUCAAUUCUUCGUAAUAUUGCCAUCAAUUCCAAUUCAAUAUACAAUAAUAAAGCUUUAUACAAUGAGAUGUGUCGCGCUCCAAUAUUGCUGGGUACGAAGAGGAAAGAAAAUGACAAGGAGCUUGCGGAUAGUUCUCAACAAGAAGUUGAUCAUUAUGUUUUGGCCUCCGCGAAAGAAAUAUAUAUAAACGAUAAUACAAAUUUUCAACAGGUUUUCUCACCAUUAACAGCACCCAUGGA